AUGGCUUUCCUGACCCUCGGUCUGUUCUUGUGCGUUCUAACAACAGGGCAGAGUAUAAGGCUUGGGUUGGAGCACCUUUCCACUGUGUACCUACCCUACCGGUAUGACAACGGUGACGCCAAGUACAAGAUGGGGAAGGGGGCGGCGGAACAAGUCGGCUACGAUCCCGUCAACAAGAAAGUCUACAGCGUCGGUCAGCCGGGGCUUCUUAACGUGAUUGACGUGUCAGACCCCCGGUCCAUAACCCUGCUGCACUACCAGGAACUUCCGCAAGCCGGCCAGGUGACGUAUACCGACGUGGAGUACUGUGGUGGGUUUGUAGCGCUGACCAGAGAACAUGAACACAAGGGCCUGCCGGGACAUGUUCUCAUCUACGAGGCUUAUCGUGGGACAGGUGACAUGCAGCUGGUAUAUCAGGCCCCAGUGGGAGGAUCCCCAGACAUGCUGCUCUUCACAAGUGACUGUCGUAAGCUGAUCGUGGCUAACGAAGGGAAGGACGGAGGAGACGGGAACGGGAACUUCCUCAACCCGGAGGGUUCUCUCAACAUCAUCGAGUUCAGCUCGGACGACCUGCCCAACAGCGCUACCAUUGUGAAGAGAACCGUCAACUUCAGGAAGUUUGAUGCAAGCCAGGACGAGUACGCGGCUAGAGGUGUCCGGUGGGUGUACCGUGGGGAGCCUGGGUCUCCCAACCGCCUGUCGGAGGAACUGGAACCAGAAUACGUCACCCUGAGCAAGGACGAAACCAAGGCGUACGUCGGACUACAGGAGAACAACGCAGUAAUCGUGGUUGACUUGACGACGGCAACGGCAGAAGAGCUGUAUCCUCUGGGCGCCAAAUACUGGGGAGACUCCGGGCUGGACCCCAGUGACAAAGAUGGAGGAAUCCAUAUCGAGUCUUGGCCCAUAUACGGCCUGUAUCAGCCUGAUACGGUGAAGUACGUAUCAGCAGGAGGCCGUGAACUGCUUAUCACAUCAAACGAGGGAAACACACGAGAACUGACCGUUAACGGAGUCGACAUCAGUGACGAGUGGAGGGGCAUGGACUUUGUGGCCAACAAUGCCAUAGCAAACAAUGUGCCGUCUCUCCUGAGAGAUGCCUUGGCAGACGAGACCAAGCUUGGAGUCCUACGCCUGAGUAACUACGAUGGCAAGUCGGCUUCUGACCCCACCAAGUACGAGGCGUUCUACGCGUUCGGAGGGAGGGGGUUCUCUAUCUGGGAUGCAAAGAAUCUGACUCAGAUUUGGGACAGUGGUGACCAGGUGGAGCGUGCGCAUGCGCUGUACUACCCCUCCAUAUUCAAUAGUGAGUACAAGGACGAGUUUCUGCACGAUCAUCCAGAAGACACGAUGGAUGAAACGUCUAAGAAGAAGGGCCCCCAGUCCGAGUCCCUGGCUGUCGGUGAGGCUUUCGGGAAGACUGUUAUCGUCCUUGGGAACGAACGCACCUCCACCCUUAUGGUGUACACCUUAGACACCCACAACCCGCACGCUGUACCUGAGUUCCAGACCAUACACCGUCAUGGCCGUUGGGACCGGAAGUGGGACAACGCCUAUGCUGACCGAGAGGUCGGUGACAUUGACCCAGAGGACAUCAAGUUCAUUCCGCACGAGGACUCUCCUGACGGGCACCCUAUGCUGCUGGUUGCUGGAAGCCUGAGCGGCACUGUGACCCUGUAUCGGGUCAUCAACACUCCUCUGUAGGGCACAAGUAUAUCCACUCAACACCGGCUGAAAUUCUACGGCUGAAAUAUAAGUAGAAAUUAUCAAGAUACGGUUUGA